AUGUCGGAUGAAAGACAUGGAUUAUGCAACCAUUUUGCCAAAAAUUUGAUCAUUCAUACUUGCGUUGCUGUGUGGUCAGUAAUCCCAGAUUUGUGUGUAGCGAUGGGAUUGGCAGGCCACCAGCGAACUACCACAAUAAAUGAAUGCUUAGCGGCACUUGCAACCUUGGCUGUUUUUGGGGCAGGCAAAGACAGGGAGAAAGAGUGA